AUGUUAUCAUACCAAAUUAUUACAAAGAAUCCUUCAGCAGAACUAAUAGAAAUGGAAAAAUACAUCCGCUUUGAUAAUACUGCUGAAUGUUCUGUCCAAGCAUCACCCAACAAUUAUUAUGAUAAUUACAUAGAGAAUAAUGAAGGUGUAUUAGCUAAUAUAGAUAGUGGAGUGGUUGUAACUUCUGAAAACAUACCCGGGA